GGACCCGGACCCGGAUCAUGCUGGCCCUCGGGGUCUCUCAGAUGGUCCUGGGGAGUCUCAUCCUGGCCGUCAGCUUCGCGGCUCUGGCUCUCACCACAUCACCCAGGGUCCGGCACUCCUGCCCCUUCUGGGCAGGUUUCUCUGUUUUGCUCUCUGGACUGAUCGGAGUGGUGUCAUGGAAGAGGCCGCUCUCUCUUGUGAUCACAUUCUUCAUGCUGCUGUCAGCAGUUUGUGUGAUGCUCAACCUGGCAGGCUCCAUCCUCUCCUGCCAGAACGCUCAACUGGUCAACUCGCUGGAGGACUGUCAGCUGCUUAAGUUUGACAGCGAUGGAGUGUGUGUAUGCUGCGAGCUGCAGAAACAGAGUUCGAGUUGCAACAACCUCGGAGAGACACUGAAACUCAAUCCUCUGAGGGACUGCAAUACCAUACGCCUGCGUCUCAAGGAGCUGCUCUUCAGCGUAUGUGCUCUUAACGUCAUCUCCACCAUUGUGUGUGCUCUAGCCACUGCCAUGUGCUGUAUGCAGAUGGUCUCAACUGAUGUGCUGCAGAUGUUUAUGCCACACAGAGCACGAGCCCUAAAUGCCGACUGUAUGACCCCGCAUGGAACCAUCCUGCACCAAACGCUGGACUUUGAUGAAUUUAUUCCUCCCAUUCCCCCACCGCCAUACUACCCCCCAGAGUACACAUGUACCCCCUCAAUGGAUGGACAGAGAGGCCUGCAUCUGGACUUCCCCCAUUCUCCUUUCAGUGCCAUCUAUGGGGUACCCAUCAACAGCCCAGGGACUCUGUACCCAACGGACCUGCCCCCUCCAUAUGAGUCUGUGGUGGGGCAGACCCCUGCAAGCCAGGUCACCACCAGCAUAGAGCAGCAGGCCACUGAGUCCAGUCUAUGUGACAGAAACACCACUGCAGGAAUUAGUACUCAAGCCUCGGUGGACAGUGCAUCCCUGAUGGUGUCAGAGGUGGCUGACCAGGACCAGACUUGCUCCUCGGAGGACUUGUGUUCCCUCGAGGUCCAGGGCUCCGACUCCUCUCCCUAUGGCACACUCCACACUGCACCCACUGAUGGAAGCUGCAACAGCCUGGAACUUUGUACACGUGACUCCACACGCUGCCAUCGUGGCCGGCUUAACACUGAUGCUCGCCCCAGUGACACUGGAUACAGUGAGUCCUCACACACCCAGGAAUCUCUCGAACGCUCUCCAGACUGGUCCUCAGAGAACUACAGCAAUCUGGACCAAGAGGAUUCUACAGACAACACACAUGCAUAUGAGGAACACAGGGCUGCCAUGCACAUAUGUGAUGAGCUUGCAUCAGCCAAACAGUUGCCAGAGGAGCCACCCAAAGCGCCAACGCACUCCCUCAUUAAAGCCCGAAUGAUGAGCCGGAAGCUCACUCUCCCAGUCACUAUCCCCCCACCACCUCAGCCCUGCUCCCCCACCUCUGUUGCCUCCUCUGGUGGAACUUCAGCCAUCAGCCCCAUGGCUCCUUCUCCUUCUCCAUCCCCUCCUAGCAGGCUACGAGGCCCCAGGCUGUGCUUCAGUGUUUGGUCACCCUCAUCUGCAUCACAACCCCCCUCUACCUCAGCCCAAACUGGUUACUUGCCGUCAGAAAGGCCUCGGGGCUUCCGUGCAGCCAAGAGGUACCGCAAGCUGGCACGCAUUGUCCGUUCCACCAGUGACCCUAUCUCCUGCUCUUCUACAUCAGGAAGAGAAAAUAGUGUCUGCUCCUCUGCAAACAACCCUGCUGCUGAAGAUUCAGCUCAUACAUCCCCAGAGCAAGAGUCAACAGAUGUUGCAACAGAAGGAGUCGGAGCUAAACCCAGUCACAUAUGUGUCAGGAAGCAGCAAAAGGAGGGCAGAAAAGUUGAUAUCCACCUUAAACCCCGAGCUGUGCACACACACUCCUCCCAUGAACGGCCACACUCUCUGGCUGACCUUAAAAUGUACAAAGACACCAAAAUAUUGGUGGCCAAGUUUCUGGAGCACUCAAGCUGCAGUCUACCUCCUGAAGUCCAACAGGUUGUCAACAACAUCAAGUGUGUCAUCAAGUCGGAUGAGAAACACAUGGAGGAGGCCAUUUUUAGUGCCAACGUUAUAGAUCAGAUGAUGACCCAGCGCAUUAUAGGCAGUCCCAGGAAGCGUGGCCAUGAGGAUCUUCACCUCCAGAGCUGCGGUGCUUUGAGUUCAUCCCCGUCCCCUUCCGUGCGCCGUCCAAAACACCUCCCACAAACAACCAGUGGCUCUACCGACCCACUGGACUCCCCCUCCUCUGAACAAAGCCUUGAGUACAGAGAAACUAUUCUCUGACCACUCUCUGAACAAGGACUCGGGUCAAAACUAUGAGGGCAUAUCAGGAUGCUGGUGCUGUAGCCAUGCUGUACUGUGCUGUGCUGUGCUGUGCUGUGCUGUGCUGUGCUGUGCUGUGCUGUGCUGUGCUGUGCA